ACUGCAUUUCUACUGUGAUACCUGUUCUGUCCCCAUAUGUCGGGAAUGUACCAUGGGACGACAUGUGGGUCACAGCUUUAUCUACCUCCAAGAUGCCCUACAGGAUUCCAGGACACUCACCAUUCAGCUCCUGGCAGAUGCUCAGCAAGGACGACAGGCUAUUCAACUGAGUAUUGAACAGGCCCAGGCUGUGGCAGAGCAGGUUGAGAUGAAGGCGAAGGUGGUACAGUCUGAAGUCAAAGCAGUGACUACUAGACAUAAGAAAGCCUUGGAAGAGCGGGAGUGUGAGCUGCUCUGGAAGGUGGAAAAGAUUCGUCAAGUCAAGGCUAAGUCACUCUACAUGCAAGUUGAAAAGUUACGUCAGAACCUAAAUAAGCUGGACAACACCAUUAGUGCUGUUCAGCAGGUCCUGGAGGAGGGUCGUACCAUGGAUAUUCUUCUGGCUCGGGACCGCAUGCUGUCUCAGGUGCAGGAGCUGAAGAAUGUGAGAGGCCUUCUCCAGCCACAAGAAGAUGACAGGAUCAUGUUCACCCCCCCUGACCAGGCACUGUAUAUGGCCAUUAAAUCAAUGGGCUUUGUCAGCAGUGGGGCUUUUGCUCCUUUGACUAAAGCCACUGGGGAAGGCCUGAAGCGUGCGCUGCAGGGAAAAGUGGCCUCUUUCACAGUGAUAGGUUAUGACCAUGACGGUGAGCCUCGCCUUUCAGGAGGUGACAUGAUCUCUGCAGUGGUGAUGGGCCCGGAUGGAAACCUUUUCGGGGCCGAUGUCAGUGAUCAGCAGAAUGGGACCUACCUGGUCAGCUACCGCCCACAGCUAGAGGGAGAGCAUCUGGUUUCCGUGAUGAUGUGCAACCAACACAUUGAGAAUAGCCCCUUCAAAGUUGUGGUGAAAUCUGGCCGCAGCUACAUAGGCAUUGGGCUGCCGGGGCUCUCCUUUGGCAGCGAGGGAGACAGCGACGGCAAACUCUGCCGCCCCUGGGGGGUUAGUGUAGACAAAGAAGGCUACAUCAUUGUUGCUGACCGCAGUAACAACCGCAUCCAGGUGUUCAAACCGUGCGGGACCUUCCAUCACAAGUUUGGCACACUGGGCUCCCGGCCGGGCCAGUUUGAUCGUCCUGCUGGCGUGGCCUGUGACAUCUCCCGUAGGAUCGUUGUGGCUGACAAGGACAAUCAUCGCAUCCAGAUCUUCACGUUUGAGGGGCAGUUCAUUCUGAAGUUUGGGGAGAAAGGAACAAAGAAUGGGCAAUUCAAUUACCCGUGGGAUGUGGCCGUCAACACAGAGGGCAAGAUCCUGGUCUCUGACACAAGGAACCAUCGUGUUCAGCUGUUUGGGCCCGACGGUGUGUUUCUGAAUAAGUAUGGCUUCGAAGGGGCACUCUGGAAGCACUUUGAUUCCCCCAGAGGUGUGACUUUCAAUCACGAGGGCCACUUGGUAGUGACAGACUUCAACAACCAUCGCCUUCUGGUCAUCCAUCCAGAUUGCCAGUCAGCACGCUUUCUGGGCUCAGAGGGCACCGGGAAUGGCCAGUUCCUGCGCCCGCAGGGAGUGGCGGUGGAUCAGGAGGGGCGCAUCAUCGUGGCUGAUUCCAGGAACCACCGGGUGCAGAUAUUUGAGUCAAAUGGUAGCUUUUUAUGCAAGUUCGGCACUCAGGGAAGCGGCUUUGGUCAGAUGGACCGUCCUUCAGGUAUAGCCGUCACCCCUGAUGGCAUGAUUGUUGUGGUCGACUUUGGAAACAAUCGAAUUCUCGUCUUCUAAUCUGUGUUUGAAUUAGGAAGAAACUGUCUCAGGGAAAUUCUUCUAAGAGAAAAUGAAAAAAUACAACGUUAAUUCAAACCUACCUCAUCUUUAAUUUUUUUACAGAUGAAUGUACUUAUCUUUUCUGCAGGGAGUGAGCCUGUAAAGUUAAAUUCUAUCUACCUCAUUGUCCUCCCUUCCCUCCCCGGUUUCUCGCCCCCUCCCCAUCCCCACACACUCACAGUUCAGAACGUUUUACCUCUCCCCCCCGUUGGGGUUUCAUGCACAAACAAGUGUUGCUGUGCACAUUAGGUGGUUUGUGUGGCGAGUUCUGUAGACUAAGCCAAAAAAAGGCUCUGUAACUUUUUUUUUAAUGGAGAAAAUGGUAGUAGGUGUU